CACACACGACGACGGACCAACAAUCAAAGUUUCACAACAACGAACAACCCACCACACUUUCGUCGUUUCAGUUCCAUAUCGAUAUCAGGCAGAGCAUUGGCAGAACUCGAUCGAAGAAGCAAGUGUUAAGUAACAACUAAAACCAAUAAAAAAGAACAUCUAAAAAGCAACCAUGUUAGACAUUACUUCAUCGAGAUGAUUCACACGUGCAAUUUACACUGACACUUAUUUAUAUCCCUGCAUCUGCGUGGAUUUUGAGUUAACUUUUUGUCUCUUUUGGGUCUCUCCGGAGUCCAGUCCGAUUCGUGAGUUUGACAACUCUCGUUCGCUGGACCAUCUGGGCUUAUUCUUUGUUCGGUUGAGUUGUUCAUGGAGUCAACCAGUUGAGUUGAGCAUAAACCAAAGCAAACAGCGGAUACCAAGAGCAAUGGAUUGGUGUCAGAUUACUUCCGUUUCCUUGAUGUUCAUCUUCGGAUUGAAGGGUAUAUUCUCCACGUACACAAAUGAAUUUGUUGCAAACAUUGAAGGCGGGGAAGAAGUGGCUGAUUUACUUGCAAGAAGAUAUGGAUUUAUCAAUGGAGGACAGAUGGAAAAUUUGAAAGAUCACUAUGUCCUUUAUCAUCGCACAACACAGAAGAGGUCCAUUAGUCCUAGCAGAGGAGACCACACAGCAAUAAAGCAUGAGGCUGCUGUGAACUGGAUUGAUCAACAAGUGAUACGCACGCGAGUGAAGCGUGACACGGAUGGCUUGGACAAUCCAAAUCAUAGUCGGCAGUCACAGCUGAGAGGUCACACUCGCAGGUUUAAUGAUCCUAAAUAUGUUUCCCAGUGGUACAUGAAUCGUCAAAAUGCGCCCAACAUGAAUGUGGAGACAGCAUGGGACUUGGGCUACACUGGUAAAGGGAUCGUUGUCUCAAUACUUGAUGAUGGCAUUGACUACACACACCCUGAUCUGGUUAACAACUAUGAUCCAGCAGCCAGCCGGGACAUCAAUGGGAAAGAUGACGAUCCAAUGCCCAGGGCAAACUAUGACCAGACAAACAGACAUGGAACACGAUGUGCUGGUGAAGUAGCUAUGGAAGCUGGUAAUGAUGUAUGCGGAGUAGGUGUGGCUUACAAUGCAAGUAUAGGAGGGAUUCGGAUGCUGGAUGACCAAGUAACAGACAAGACAGAAGGCGAUUCCUUACUGACAUAUCAAGAUCACAUAGAUAUCUUCAGUGCUAGUUGGGGACCAGAAGAUGAUGGGAUGACAGUAGAUGGGCCUGGUCGUCUUGCACAAAGGGCGUUCUUAGAAGGAGUCACCAAGGGCCGUGGUGGAAAAGGUAAUAUAUUUGUCUGGGCUUCUGGUAACGGUGGACGUUCUAAAGACAACUGCGGAUGUGAUGGCUACACAAACAGCAUCUACACCAUCUCUAUAAGCAGUACUUCAGAGCGUGGUGAAGCCCCUUGGUAUCUGGAGGAGUGUGCCUCUACACUAGCCACCACAUACAGUAGUGGUAGUAGCAGAGACAAGAAAGUGAUAACAACUGACUUGGGUGGACGUUGUACAGAUGAUCACACAGGGACGUCUGCAUCUGCGCCGAUGGCAGCUGGGAUAUGUGCACUGGCCCUGCAAGCCAAUUACAAUAUGACAUGGCGUGACAUCCAGUAUAUCAUUGUGAUGACAUCGCGACAUACAGGCCUGGAAGAUAAGUGGACUACAAAUGGUGCUGGAUAUGCCUUCGGUCAUCGGUAUGGUUAUGGUUUAAUGGAUGCUGGGGCAAUGGUAGAGUUAGCACAGAGCUGGACUAACGUACCCACACAGCGUACAUGUCAGAUCAAUGCAUUCUCUGGUACCAGGGACCUGAAGGGUAGGGGUCUGCUAGCCAGUUUCACCUUGGACACCACAGCAUGUAGUGGACCAAACCAUAUUAACUACCUCGAACACGUCCAAUCUACAAUCAAUGUAACCUAUGGGUAUCGUGGAGCCUUAGUCUUGACACUAAUCUCACCUAUGGGAACACACUCCACUCUCCUGGAUAGGAGGCCGCGGGAUAGUCACAGAGGCAGCUUCAGUUCCUGGCCAUUCAUGAGCACUCAUUUCUGGGGAGAAAGAGCGUCUGGGGUGUGGACAUUGGAAGUGCGCAAUGGCUCACCAAGAGUCAGCUCAGGGAUGUUUCAGAAUUGGAUCUUGACUCUGCAUGGCACAGAGACACUACCACGUAGAGUUGAUAGUUACAAACGUCAAAGCACCCGAUCGGACAGCAGUGGUACGUAUGGUAGCACAGGAGAUGAUGGGGCUGAUCACUCUCACUCCCUGGCUGACAACCCUACUAACUGGAAUGAUGAGUAUUACGGUACUUGCCACAGCGAGUGCUUCAAUGGUUGUGAUGGACCCUUAGCCAGUGACUGUUAUAAGUGUCUGCAUUACAGAGAUAGAAACACUGAUGAGUGCGUGAAACACUGCCCUGAUGUUGGAUUCUUUGAGCCUCCAAAUCAUCACCAGAAAUGUAAGGCGUGUUCAGCCAGUUGUUUAAGCUGUGUGGGAUAUAGUGACUCUGAUUGUUUGUCAUGUAAAGAUCUCUUCUUCCUGAUGGAAAGUUCAUCCCAGUGCGUUCUGGAAUGCGAGGAUGGCUUCUUUAAAGAUAUUGAAACUAAGAAGUGCAUGCCGUGUGACCCUCUAUGCAGCAAAUGUGAAGAUAGCGCUAUGAACUGUGAGGUAUGUGAGCCUGGUGCUGUACUCACCAUCUACAAUAGCUGCCAGCUGUCUUGCUCAGUCAAUCAGUAUCUUAACAGUGACAACAAGUGCCAGCAGUGCAACAACAUAUGCUACACAUGUAGUGGGGGUGGCACACAGGAGUGCUUGUCUUGUGUUCCAGGUUUUGCACUUCAGGAUAGGACCUGUAUUGAGGAAUCAGAGUGUGUAGAUGGAAACUACGUGAGCCGGAGCCCUGACACGCAGUGCCUAAAGUGCCAUGUGUCCUGUAAGGAAUGUAAUGGUCCAAAUUCAGAUGACUGCCAAGAGUGUGAUGACCCCUUCAUACUCAAUGAAGAAGGAAAGUGUGUAAGGAAUUGUGAGAAUGGCUACUUCAGAAAAGACAAUGGGUACUGUUAUCUGUGUCCAUCGGACUGUGACCAGUGCAGAAAUGCAAGCACUUGUAUGGAGUGUAAACCCGAAUUUGUUUUGAAGGGAGGAAACUGUGAGCAGGGUUGUGGUGCCAAGAGCUAUGAACAUGAAGGAAUAUGUCUGUCAUGUCAUGCUAUGUGUCAGACAUGCACUGGAGGAGGCCCACAGGACUGUACCACUUGCAUCAAAGAUGACGGUAAUACACUCUAUCUUUUAGAAGGAGCUUGUGUCCCGUUUUGCCCCCCAGAUCGCUACAAAGAUACCACAACCUCUAGAUGUGAAGAGUGUGACGAGACAUGUCAAACCUGUAAAGGACCAGAUGUAAAUGAUUGCACCGAAUGCUAUGAAGGAUUUACAGGUCCAAACGAUCAAGGUUUCUGCAGUGAGGAUCCCAGUAGAUAUUGCGAUUCUAAGUGCAAGGAAUGUACAAAAGCUUCUGACUCUAACUGCAGCUCUUGUCAUGAGGGAAAACUCCUAUAUAAUGCAGAUUGUGUUGACAGCUGCCCUGAAAGAUACUACCAAGAUGAGAACAUAAAUGAGUGUCAGUUAUGUCAUCCCUCCUGUCAGACGUGUAGUGGAUCGUUAGCUUGGGAUUGUUUGACAUGUCCUGAUGAGGAGUUUCUGCACAGUGACAACACUUGUGAUGCUCACUGUCCAUAUUCUACCUAUGCUGACCAAACAGAUAAGAUGUGCAAGCCAUGUUUUGAAAACUGUCUGACCUGCAGGGGGCCUGGCUUCAAUGACUGCGAGACUUGUACUGUAGACUAUUUCUGGCAAAAUAACCAGUGUGUUCAAUCAUGCGAGGAUGGUACCUAUGGAGACUUUGGGAUGCAAGAAUGCCUGCAGUGUUUCCCGUCAUGUAGAACAUGCACUGGGCCUUUCAGUACAGACUGUCUAUCAUGCCCAACAGAUCUAAAUAUAAAAUUUGGAAGCUGUGUAUCAAACUGUGAAUCUCGUACUUACUUAGAUACUAAUGGUAAUUGUGAGGACUGUCAUUACAGCUGUCUGACAUGCACAGGUCCAUCGGCAACUGAGUGUCAGACAUGUGACUAUGACCGCUUCCUUGACCAGGAUCAAAGCUGCCAGGAGGAGUGUGCAGCAGGCUAUUACCCCAACUACGUUGCUAACAUGUGCCAAAAAUGUCAUUCAAGCUGUCAUACCUGUGUACAGGGAGGUGCAGAAGACUGCAUGGACUGUACAAGCGACAAGUACUUCCUGUCCCAAGAAGAUGGUGUGUACUGCGUUGAUCGCUGCCCUGAGGGCUACUAUGAAUUGGACGAAGGAGCACCUCAAGAUAUCAGUCACACAUGUCAGCUGUGUUCAUUUCAGUGUCUAGAUUGUUACCAGACCUACUCACAGUGUGUCAGCUGUAAAGACAAUACAUUCCUGUUCAGGGAGCAGUGUGUACCUAGUUGCCCAGAGGGUUUUGUUGAGGAUUUGGAUUCCAACCAGUGCAUAGCUGAAGAUCGGAAGUGUCCACUGAAUUGCCAAGAUUGCAAUGAGUGGGGAGAGUGUCAGAAGUGUGAAGAUACUUUUGAUAUAUACUAUGGAGAGUGUUUGCGACGGCCAUGUGCAGACUCCCAGUACCAAGCAUUGAAUGAUGAUGGCAUGAGGGAAUGUAGGAGUUGUUUUGAAAAUUGCUCACGAUGCUUGGGACCUAGGAGUGAUGAGUGUUUGGAAUGUCACACCAACUACAAGCUGGAUAAUGGGGAAUGCUCAAGAGACUGUGGACCACAACAGUUUGAUAGAGAGGGUAUCUGCCUUGCAUGCCAUCCAUCAUGUAAUGGGUGUAGUGGAGCAUCUCCAUAUGACUGUAUGGAAUGCCCUGAUGGUGCUAAAAUAUCAGCAGAAGGUGAUUGUAUCAUUGGAUGCCCUGAUAAUACAUACCAGAAUGGUGGGGACUGUUUGCGUUGUGAUUCUAGCUGUGCAACCUGUGAUGGGGAAGGAGAUCAUCGUUGCAUAAGCUGCCCUUCACUCUACUACCUCACAGGUGAUCAGAUGUGUGUUCAGAGUUGCCCAGAUGGAACGUUUCACUACCACUCGUCAUCAACUGCUGAUGAGUUUGAAUGUCGACCAUGUCAUUCAAACUGUAAGAAUUGCUAUGGUCCAACAGUUAGAGAGUGUACAUCCUGUCAUGAUAACAUGUACAAACUGGCCUUUGAAUGUGUACUUCACUGUGGGCGAGGGUUCUUCCCAGGGCCUGGAUCCAUUUGCCAGCCAUGCCACACUGACUGCUCCUCAUGUUGGGGUUCCGGUGUCGACCAAUGUAUUUCUUGUACUAAGAAUUUCAAAGUCAUGGAAGGUAGCUGUGUGGAAGACUGCCCUGCGGAUUACUACUAUACCUCUGACUUCAUUAAGUCAUGUGAGCCAUGCCAUAUCAGAUGCAAGACUUGCAAUGACAUGGGACCCUUUAAUUGUCUUACUUGUAAAGAUGGCUACGAACUUGAAGACAAUGUAUGUUACAGUAAAUGUGAUCUUGGUUCCUACUACGCCAAUGAUACAUGCAACAAGUGUGACUCAACAUGCCAAGAAUGUUAUGGGCCAACAGACACACAUUGCCUGAAAUGUAACGAGGGACAGUCACUAUCACGCCUUGAUGCAAACCACACAACAUGCCUCAGCUGCUGUAAAGAUGGUCAGAGCUCAAUCACAGACAACUGCUGCGAAUGCAAAGAUGGAAAGUGUCCAUUCACACACGGGGAUCCAGGCACCACAGGACCUGUUGUUGAUGCACCAUUAAACACAACAGCCAUCUUGGUUUUGUGUUUGCUUAUUGUGGCUGUCUUUGGUCUAUUCUUUGGUAUCCUUCAAGCAAGGUCUCGUAAGAUGUUCUGUUGGAAGAACGAUUACGAUCAGCUACCAACGUUCUACAACAAUAAGGGCGAGGAGCCACAGAUUGUGCUUCGACAGAAUGCUAUUCCAAGUGACGACGAAGAUGACUAUUUUUACGAUGAUGAUGAUAGUGAUAUUUAGAAUCAGAGUGUUAAAGGUAGAGAAGAUAAAAACCAAUUCAAAACUGGUUCAAGUAGGAAUACCAUCUAGAGGUUUUUAACAUCUUGUGUAAAGAUAAUGGUGACUUCCACUGAUACCAGUGAGCACAGUUGGUACUUUACAUUUGAAAGUAAUAUUGUUACACUUAGUAUGAGGCUUGAGGUAGAGAAGGUACAGAAUAGUGUCAUGUUUCAUCCAUUGUGAUUAUCUUCCAUGUAAGCCUUAAAGACCAAAGUGAGGUUUGAGUGAAACAAGUUUUGUUAAUUUAAUGUAUAAUAAUCAGUAUUAUAAUGGCUUCCUAACAUCCUGAUGGUAAUAAUGGUAAACACAAUGGAAUGGACUGUAUAGUGGAGUUGCUAGAUGAGAUAUUUGUUUACUAUUCUCAAAAUGAAUGCUCAUUCUGGUAUGAAGUGUGCUACUAUACAACGCUUAGGGGCUAUUUUGAGUUGUGCCUUGGUCUGACAGUACUCAUUAAUGUAGAAACUACACACACGAGCUGUUAAGAACAACUGCAAAUGUUUAACUAGAGUUGUUUUGACUGUAGGGUAAGAGUACUAUGUAAGAUUGAUAACAAAAGAUGUAACCGGUGCUGAGUUUUAGUUAGUAAUUCUGCUGUAUUCUUGUGGAAGGAUUGAGUUCAGUGUCUUGGAUUGACUGUUGUCACAGUCCCUCUAUUGGUAUCCACUCUGUUGAUUACCAGCAUAGUAUGAGUUGGUGUCUGUUGAUUUAAAGAGAGAGAAGAAAUGAAAGAUUCUAGUUAGGAUGUCAGAACCAACUUACAAUCAUUACUAAUGGAGGUGAUUUUAAGGACCUCUUUUUUGUUUAAUUCGUUCAUUUUGUAACCCAAGUAUGCAAGAAAAUUGUGGGAGUUUCCAUGUAAUAACUUAUUGCAUUGAUUUUAUUUAUGUUAUUGUUUAUUGUUGUUUGUGCAUCGUGGUGUUUAAAUGAAAAAUGAUUGCUUUGUAAAUAUUGCUUUGUUACAAGAUGUUGCUUAGAAUUUUUUUUGUUUAAUUGGUUGAGGUUCCAUACGUGUAAUUAUUAGAUGAUUGAGUUAUGACAAUGUAAACAUGGUGAGUUAUUGAAGCUGAUUCUGCGAAACAGAACAAUUCUGAAUAUUUAGUAGCUGCUUGGAUAUCAACUCCAGAGGGAAUCUUUAGAUGCUUGAAACAAAAGAACUGUAUUCCCUGUCCUUAUACUUUGAUAUGUGUGGCUCUUGUGAUUAUAGGGAAGGUAUACAUUUUGGAAUCACUCUUGAUAUUAAUGGCAAUAAACACUUACUUGGCUAGUAGUACAGCAGCAUUCAGUAGUAUAACGCAUUUUUGAGCAAUUCACUUUGAAGUAUGUUGUAAUGGGAAAAUCCCCCAAAGUUUGAAUCUGAGAAGCGUUACUGAUAGAAACUUUUCCCAGAUUGUAUGUUCCAUUGAGGGAUUAUUCUUCUUGCGUGGAUAUAAAAAAACAUGACCACCUAAAAUGGCAUUUUCACAGGUUAGUUUUAUUGUAUAUAGAUCUAUAUUUAUUUAGG